AAUAGUAUUGACACACCAGUGUCCAAGAGAGAUAAGCUGCUUUGGGCGGGUAGACUGGUUCUUUUUUCCCUUCUUUUUCUGAAACUUUUCCUUUGCAUUAAUGCACUUGAUGCCUUAGAUGACUCUAUGGUGGAGCUGAGCUCUUUUAAAUAUAUUUACUUUUUUUGACAAAAGAAGUCUUUGCAAAUGGAGAGCUUAGAAAAGGAGCACUCAUAUUCUGAACAUCCACAGCAGUCAGAGACCACAACUGAGGAGUAUGAUGUUCGAGAAACUGUUGUCAUCACACGCCGUUUGAGAGACCGGGAGCUUCUCAGAAAAAGGAAAGCAGAAGCUGAGGAAAAAGACACUCACCAGUGGGUUCUGGGGGAUCAGAGCAAGAGCAAGAGGACACGGAAGGGAAGAGGAGCUGGGAGAGGCCGAGGCCAGCGCCAGGAGCCAGAACCGCAAACAGAACCACAGCCAGGCGAAACAGAAGAGAAACAUGAGCUAACAGUGACCCCGCAGGAGCAGAAAGCGGGGCCCUCUCUGGAUCCCCAACUGGAACCUUCUCUGGAUGCUCAAGUAGAGUUUUCUGUACAUCCGCAAGUGGAGGCCGCUGCUCCCCUUGUGGAAACUGAAGAGCUGUAUGCUCCAAAGGACGUAGCAGAAGCACUCCCAACCGGGCCUGCAAUUUAUCCUAUGGUGGAACUAGAGCAGACAUCCAGAUCAGAAGAACCAGAAAUGCCGGAGUCCGUGGAAAAUGACCAUUUGGAACAAGAGUUUUAUCCCUCUCUUUAAUUUAGAAAUUGGCGUGCGGGCAAUCAUUGUUUCUGUUGAACAUGAAACACUGUAAGAAUAGAUGAUCCUUAUUAUUAUGUGAGCAAUAAAAGCAAGGGGGAGCUUU